ACUACCUUACGUUGUUCAUACUAGGGACCAUGCAUUCAUCAUCAUGGGCAAAAUAGUCAAAAUUGCCAUAAUAAAAACUUCCUCAACCUAUGGCUAAAAUGUGUCUUGAACUUUUAUUUAUGUAACCUUAAAGUGUGGACACAAUACAACCACAACUCAAAGUUAACAUACAUAGGAGAAGCUUGAGAAUUGAACUAAACACAAGAGAAGAUGGAAGCAAAGAAAGUCUGUGAAGUGUUACUAAAUUCGGAGAAAAAUAUGCCAAUGAUAGGCCUAGGAACUGCAACAGCUCCUCUUCCUACAAAUGAAGCUCUCACCUCAAUUUUGCUUGAUGCCAUUGAAAUUGGUUACAGACAUUUUGAUACGGCCUCUAUCUAUGGUACUGAAGAACCUCUAGGCGAAGCUGUUUCAAAAGCUUUAGAACUCGGCCUUAUAAAAACUCGCGACGAAGUGUUCAUUACUUCCAAGUUAUGGUGCACCGAUGCUCACCCUGACCUUGUUCUCAAGGCUCUCCAGACCACUCUCAAAAAGCUGAAGAUGGAGUAUGUAGAUCUCUACUUGAUUCACUGGCCAGUGAGGUUGAAACCAGACAUUGAAGGCUUUAACUUUACAGGAAAGGAUGUGAUUCCCUUUGAAAUUAAAGGAACAUGGAAAGCUAUGGAAGAUUGUUAUAGAUUAGGCUUGGCCAAGUCUAUUGGUGUUAGCAACUUUGGCAUCAAAACGCUGUCCCUACUCUUGGAAAAUGCUACCAUCUCUCCUGCAGUUAAUCAGGUAGAAAUGAAUCCAUCAUGGCAACAAGGAAAACUCAGGGAAUUCUGCAUGAAGAAAGGAAUUCAUGUGUGUGCAUGGUCACCACUAGGAGCAUACAAAGUAUUUUGGGGUUCAAAUGCUGUGAUGGAGAAUCCAAUUCUUCAGAAAAUUGCUGAGGCUAGAAAUAAGAGUGUACCUCAGAUAGUACUAAGAUGGAUUCACGAGCAAGGAACAAGUGUAAUUGUGAAAAGCUUCAACAAGGAGAGAAUGAAACAAAACCUUGAAAUAUUUGAUUGGGAACUGAACCAAGAGGAAGUGGACAAAAUCAAUAAGAUUCCACAAUGCAGACUUUACAAGGCAGAAAUGUUUGUAUCUGAAAAUGGACCCUACAGAUCCUUGGAAGAGUUGUGGGAUGGUGACCCUUGAGAAAAAUCUUGUUUAAAUAAUCAAAUUCAGCAUAUGUCUGAUUUAUUUUAAUUUUUUUCCUUAUUUUCAUUGCACAAAAACAUUCUUAAUUUCUUUUAACUCGUUUUAAAUUAUCUCAAAACAUUACAUUCUCUCGUUAAA